AAAGGCGAACGGUACAGAAAGGCUGUAGCGAAGAAUAUGAAGAAAGUGGCUGCCAGCAGAGCGCAUUCGGAUCCAAAUGGACAUCGCGUUGUGUAUGCGAUCGGAGCAUGUGCAAUGGCGACUCGGCACUCAUAGCUGCUGGCCUGGAGCCCUCAUCCGGUACCAUUACCGCAACUCCGAUACCCGGCGCCCAAUUGGCACUCCUCUCGUUCAAGACGGCCUUUUAAAUAACAGUUGUUUACAGGCACUUUUUCAUGCAGUUACGUGGACAGGAAAUUUCUCAUUUAGGGAUUUCUCAUUCAGGGAUUCUCAUUUCGAUACAAGUUGAAG